CACCUUCCCCAUGUGUCGAUGCUGUGUACAUGCCUCUGCCCACUAGUCUUCACCUUCACUGGGCUGUCUUGGCUGCCCGCAAGAAGAAGCACUUGCUUUUGGAAAAACCAGCGGCUCUUGAUGUGGGUGAGCUUGAUCAGAUACUCCAAGCUUGCCAAUCCAACGGUGUACAGUUCAUGAGUGGGAGUAUGUGGCUGCAUCACCCUAGGACUGCCAAAUUGAAGGACUUGAUCUCUGAUUCCAAGCUCUUUGGUCAAAUCAACUACAUUCAUAGCUCAUCAACACUUCCAGGAACCAAGGAAUUUUUGGAGAACAACAUAAGAGUGAAACCAGAUUUAGAUGCUCUCGGUGCGCUUGGGGACCUAGGCUGGUACUGCAUUGAAGCCAUUUUGUGGGCUAAGGACUACCAACUACCAACUAUAGUCACUGCUCUACCAGAUGUCACAAAAAACUCUGCAGGGGUCAUCUUGUCUUUCACUGCAUCAAUUCAAUGGGAACCACGGGACCCAACUGUUGCAACAAUUCACUGUUCUUUCCUCUCCCACACAUCCAUGGACUUGGCUGUAUCUGCUUCUAAUGGUACAGUGCGUUGCAAUGACUACAUCAUUCCAUAUGCCGAGAACUAUUGUUCAUUUGAAUUCACAACCGGUGCAAAGUUUGCGGAACUCCACAUUGGGUGGAGUGUAGUACCUGAAGAAGUUAGAGUGGUUUCUCAGCUGCCUCAAGAGGCCUUGAUGGUUCAAGAGCUCUCAAGGCUUGCCGAGGGCAUCAGGGAAUUUGGGUGUAAUCCGGACCAAAAAUGGCCACAAAUCAGCAGAAAUACACAAUUAGUAUUGGAUGCAGUGAAGAAAUCCAUUGAUCUUGGUUUUGAACCUGUUAGGGUGUUAUUUUGAUGGAUUUGAUUACCUCAUGCUCAACAAACAAGUACAUACAUUGAGCUCUAAAUAUGUCAUAUGUUACAUUAGAUAGAAUUUGAUUAAUCUUGAAGAUUGUCAAAUCUGGAUGUUCCUCUAAUAAAUUAAGCAGAUAUAAAUCUUCUUUGCAA